UUUCUGUGGCUGCAACUAUAAUGUGUAUUUUGGGCUUGAAUUAGUACAACAUCCUCUUCGAAAAAACAACAUUGCUGUUUUUGCAUAAAUUGAUGAUUGCUUUCAAGUAUUGGGCCAAUUUUUAGAUUGAUGGAGAAUCAAUCCAUUCAAUACUGCUUCGAGGGUUUUCGUAAAAGGAUCGGAUUUUAGGUAUUUCUCCUGAUUUCGGAUUCGUGGCUAAUUCAACUAUUUUAGCCUUUUGAAGCGUAAAAUGAACCCAAAAGAAGGCGAAGAAUGAAGAUAGUGACGUACAACGUAAACGGGCUGAGACCUCGAAUCUCACAGUUCGGCUCUCUUCGCAAAUUGCUCGAUUCCUUUGACGCCGACAUCAUCUGCUUCCAGGAAACAAAGCUCUCGAGGCAAGAGUUUAGAGCUGAUUUGGUGCAGGCUGAGGGCUACGAGUCCUUUAUCUCUUGCACUCGCACUACUGAGAAAGGCCGAACUGGAUAUUCUGGUGUGGCGACAUUUUGCCGUGUCAACUCUGUGUUUUCGAGUGAUGAGGUAUCUUUGCCAGUUUCUGCCGAGGAGGGCUUUACUGGUGUUCUUAAGGAUUUCUCAGGUUCAGGGUACAGGAAUAUUGAAUAUUCACCACUAAUGGCAGAAGAUGUUUCUGCUGAUGAGCUUCUGAAAAUUGAUGGUGAAGGACGUUGUAUAAUAACUGACCAUGAACAUUUUGUUCUUUUCAAUAUAUAUGGCCCUAGAGCUGUAGCUGAUGAUACGCAAAGAAUCCAAUUCAAGCUUGAUUUUUACAACAUACUGCAGAAAAGGUGGGAAUCUCUUCUAGAUCAAGGGCGGAGAAUAUUUGUUGUUGGGGACCUCAACAUUGCCCCCUAUGCGAUAGAUCGUUGUGAUGCUGGGCCAGAUUUCGAGAAAAACGAGUUUAGAACUUGGUUUAGAUCUUUGCUGGUGGAAAAUGGAGGUGGCUUUUUUGAUGUUUUCCGGGAAAAACAUCCUCAGAGAAGAGAAGCCUACACCUGCUGGUCGACAAAUAGUGGUGCAGAGGAGUUCAACUUUGGGUCACGUAUUGACCACAUUCUUGGUGCUGGGCCGUGCUUACAUAAAGAAGAAAAUCAAGAACAUAGCCUCAUCACUUGCCAUGUUAAAGAGUGCGACAUAUUAGAGCAGUUUAAACGUUGGAAACCUGGUAGUACACCCAGGCAUAAAGAACAAAAGACGAGAAAUGGAAAAAUGGAGGGCUCGGAUCAUGCUCCUGUCUACAUGAGCUUGGUAGAUAUCCCCAAUAUUCAGAAACACAAUACUCCUUCACUGUCUACUAGAUAUUGUCCCCAGGUCUAUGGAUGUCAGCAGACACUAGUGUCGAUGUUUGCGAGAAGGCAAUCUGCAGAAGAUAGUAACUUAUCUGGAGGAUCCAGUUCCAUUUCAGAUGAUAAUGACGUCUUCGAGAAGUGCAGUCAACUCAAUAAAAGACCUCUCCAUUCAUGUAGCUCAGCUUCAUCAGACUUCAUCCAUCAAGGCGUACUUUGUACAUCAGGUGUCUGUUACAAAGAAUCAUUUAAAGAACCAUCUUCUGGCUCACAGACUUCCUCUACAAUUGGUCAUACUAAAUCCUCAGUGGUUUGCAAGAAAAAAGCAAGAAAAAGUCAAUCGUCUCAGGCUCAGCUUUCACUGAAGUCAUUUUUCCAGAAAACAGUAGGUGGUUGUAGUGACUCAAGCAGCUUUUCUUCUGAUAAGGAGCUUACUCAAGAAGAUAUCUCCAUUGGUGAACCAAAUGAAACAUUCACUGAAGGUAGUGAACAUGAUGAUGUGAAGGAAUUGCAGGCAAAACAAUGUGCAUUAGUGCAUGAGGAUAUGUCUCAACCUGCUGAAAAGAAGAAGAAUAAUGCAGCCCUAGUUGAAUGGCAAAGGAUUCAACAGCUUAUGCAAACUAGCAUACCUCUUUGCAAGGGCCACAAGGAACCUUGUGUCUCCCGCAUAGUGAAGAAACCAGGACCUACUUUAGGGCAACGAUUUUAUGCAUGUGCACGUGCAGAGGGACCGGCAUCUAAUCCAGAAGCAAACUGUGGAUUCUUUAAAUGGGCUACUGCAAAGUCAAAGAACAAAAGAUGAUUUUGAUGGAACAAACCAUGAAGAUCUUGAUCAAUAUUAACAUUCAGCUAUGAAACUAAGUGAGACUUCUCAAGCUCCCUCUGUUGUCUAAGAAGGUACCAAAUUUAGUUAAUAAUGUUUUAAUUUUGCAUUUUUGUUGAAGGCGCAAUUGCGUUGUACUUUUUAGUAAUUAUGCUUCUUGUACUUCUUAAAAUUGUUUAACAGAAAUUAUAAACAAGAUAAAAUUGAUGUGUUUCAGUAAACUUGCUUAAACCAUCUCUGUCCUGACUUUUCAAUUUUUUUGGGGAACCCAAGAUCAACCCAUCAGCUUGCUAACCAGCAAAUUUUGAUUUUGAGUUCGGUUUAUCAGCUGAGAGGUUACAGUCUUGUAGAUUUCUUGUGGCACUUCAACACCCUUAGGCAUCACAAAAACCAAUUAACCUAGUUAAUUCUCCUGAUUCUAGACGAUCCUUCUUGAGUUAAGAAUGUAAAUCUUCGUGCACGCGGACCAAACUUGCUCUUUCGUAUCAACAAAGGUUCUUUAUUUAUAUGGCCUUAACUUUUCGUGACGUGGAUACGGCUUUCCAUAUCUGAAGUGGGUCGUAGUUUAUCAUGUGUCCAAUAGGCAAAGAAAAGUUUGUUGUAUUCUACUUGCCUGAUUAUUUUCAUGAUGGUCUAAUGUUUAAUUUUUAUGUAUUCUGUGUGAGUGCACAUGGCUUUCAUAUGGUGCCCACAAACAUUUCAUAGUCCAUUUUGGCCCUCUCGUAAUAACCUCAACAGCAGAUGCCCAAGAUAGCAAGAGAUGUGACAUGUUUUUGUAUGGUUGUGAGAUGUAAAAAAAAGUAUGUUGGGCUAUAGAGCGCAAUAAGGGCACGUCUUUGGUAUAAUCACAUAAUCGUCUUCCAAAACGAUGUGUAUCACAACUCUUUGUUACUGGUUAUCAUUGUGAACUUAUCAAAAUAUGGCUGCUUGAACAUGAUACGUCGCACAGUGUAUCUUGCAGGAAAACAUUGCAGGUGUAUUCUAUUUUGCCCGAUUGGAGAAAAGAGCAUCAUUUAGGAAAUCGGAACUGGAGAAUCCAUCCAAGUUGCACGCCAGGCAGGCCCGGUAAGCCCCUCUAGAAGGGUCUAGCUUUUGGCCCUCCCCAAUGAUGCUCGUGAUGUUGAUAUAUCAAAUUUGGAUGCAUUACUAAUACUAUUUUUGAAUGUAUUCUUACUAUAUGUGCCACACAUUUAUAUGACACUUCCCAAGUGUGGACAAGCUAUAUUAUUGAAUGAGGACAAUAUUCACAAUACAUACAUUUUA